CCUGCUGUCCUUCGUCUGGUUCCCGAUGCCGCUGAUCGCCCAGCGCGGCGAGCGGAGGCUGCCGUUCGUGCAGCUGUCGUGGCUCGACACGAGCCAGCUCUCCGUCUACGCGGCCACCUACACCCUGCAGUGCGCCGGCACCUUCCUGCUCGCCUUCGCCACCGUCAGCGUCGACUGUUUCUUCGUGGCCAUCAUGGUCCACGUCUCCGCACAACUGAGAAUUCUAUCGUCCCGCAUAAACGCUUUGGGACUUCGCACUAACCUCGCCGGGUCGGCGAGGAACUUCGAAAGAGACGUGAGUGGGGAGGCGUCGGAUAUUCAGCGAGACAUGUACACAGAGCUCCGCUUGUGUAUUCAGUAUCACCAAGAUAUCUUAAGGUUCGUGCGGUACCUGGACACCGUGAUGAGUCCGCUGGCCAUGACACAGUUCAUCUCCGGCGUGCUGCUGGCCUGCGUCGCUCUGUUCCAGGCCACACUUAGCCCGGACGUCAGCGCUGUGUUCCGGUGUGCGGCGGCGCUGCCGACGCCCACGAUGCAGAUCUACCUCUACUGCUGGGGCGCCGAGGACGUCGUGCAGCAGCUGAUGAACGCCGCGUAUUCGUACUACGCACUGCUUAGGCAGUUGAACAGCCGCUGAAGACGGGGAACACGUCGUGAUCAUUUCCGUAGCACAAGAAAUUCACGUAGGUGUUACCAACUAUUGGAUGCGCGUUACACGAAAUAUAUUUCUGUGGUAGACAGAAUGAACUAGUGUCAGAUUUAUUGAGAUUUUUGCCGAUGCUUGUCAGAAGAUGACCAUUAACACAAGGACGAAGAAAAAAAUAGACAUUAUACAGGGUGAGUUUUUCCACCGUGUAAAAACUCUAGGGAUUGAUCGAUGAGAGGAUACGGAACAAAAAAGGUCUAAUGAAUGUCCGGAAGUGCAUUGUUUCCGAGCUAGAGACCAUUCAUUCAGUCAUACAUUGUUACAGACA